AUGGCCUUCUCAUCGCCGCCCUCGGCCUUCUUGGCUCGAUUCGCCGCCCUGGCAUUCCUCGUCACAUGCGUCCUGGCAAAGACCAUCGAGCUCGACUGGAGCAUUGGAUGGGUUCUAGCCAACCCGGAUGGCGCAUUCGACAAGCCCACUAUCGGCGUCAACGGCCACUGGCCCCUGCCUCUCAUCGAGGCCGACAAGGGCGACAGGCUGCUUCUCACUGUACACAACCACCUGGGCAAUGCGAGCACCAGUCUGCACUUUCAUGGUCUGUUCCAGAACGGCACCAACCACAUGGAUGGUGCCGCCGGCAUAACCCAAUGCGCCAUCCCCCCCGGGAACUCCUUUACAUACGAUUUUGAGUUUGACCAAGUCGGCACCUACUGGUACCACGCCCACAACGAUGGCCAGUAUCCAGAAGGUCUCCGCGGUCCUCUGGUCAUCCACGACCCCGAGGGCCCUUACGAGGGGAAGUACGACGAGGAGCUUGUCAUUACCGUCUCCGACUGGUACCACCAGUCGACCCGCUCUCUCAUCAAGAAGAUGAUCAACGUUGAGAACCCCACCGGCGCCGAGCCCGUCCCCAACUCGGCCCUCAUGAACGACACCCAGGGCCUCAAAGUCAACGUCCAGCCUGGCAAGACCUACCUCGUCCGCAUGGUCAACAUUGGUGCCUUCGCCUCUCACUACGUCUGGUUCGAGGGCCACUCGCUGCGCGUCGUCGAGGUCGAUGGCGUCUGGACCCACGAGGCCGACGCCGACAUGCUCUACAUUGCUCCCGCUCAGCGUUACAGCGUCCUGUUGACGACCAAGGAGGACGCGUCCCGCAACUUUGCCAUCGUCGCCGCCAUGGAUGAGGACCUCUUUGACAUAAUCCCUGACGGUCUGAACGCCAACGUCACCGGCUGGCUCGUCUACGACGACCAGAAGUCCCUCCCGGAGCCUGCUGCCGUCGGCGACUUUGACCCCCUCGACGACUUUGGCCUGGUUCCCUUUGACGAGAUGGACCUCUUCGAUAAGGUCGACUACUCCUUCAGCCUCAACGUCAAGAUGGACAACCUCGCCGACGGAGCAAACUACGCCUUCUUCAACGACAAGACCUACGUCCUGCCCAAGGUCCCCUCGCUCUACACCGCCUUGACCGUCGGCGCCGAGCAUGCCGCCGACCCCCGCGUCUACGGCGCCCACUCCAUCCCGUACGUCUUGAGGCACAACGACGUCGUCGAAAUCGUCCUCAACAACGAGGACGACGGUAAGCACCCUUUCCAUCUGCACGGCCACCAGUUCCAGGUCGUCCACCGCUCCGACGAGGACGCCGGUCAUUUCGCCAACGGCACCGCCGUCGCCCUGCCGCGCCGCCCCAUGCGCCGCGACACCCUCCUCGUCGAGGGCAACGGCAACUUUGUCAUCCGCUUCAAGGCCGACAACCCCGGCGUGUGGCUCUUCCACUGCCACAUCGAGUGGCACAUGGACCAGGGCCUUAUCGCCACCAUCGUCGAGGCUCCCGAGGCCCUGCAGGGGCGCAAGAUCCCCGAGGGUCAUUUGGACGUGUGCCGUGCCGCGGGCGUUCCGACGCGGGGCAACGCCGCCGGGAACACGAAGAACGUGCUCGACCUCACGGGUGAGAACAAGCCCGUCGGUCCUCUGCCCGAUGGGUUCACCCCCAAGGGCUACGUCGCCAUGUUCUUCAGCUGCGUCGCCGCCUUCUUGGGCCUGGGCAUCAUUUCAUGGCAAGUCCCAUCGUCUCGUUGGAACAGCAGUUGGCACAACGGAGCUAACUCUUUUGACAGGUACGGAGCCAUGGACUCCGGCAAGGAGUCCAGUGUCGAAGAGAACCCUGCCCCCGAAUACACUGACAGGGACGAAUAG